CCAAUUACGUAGUUCCUUCGAAGGAAAUGAGCUCAUGACAAUACCUAACUAGAGGAACCGAGGAAAUGAGUAGAAUUGAUAGUAAAUUCCCCGUCAGGGAACUGACAUUUUCCUCAUAGAGAUAACCAAGAUGAAUAAAAAUAAACAGAAAUCUUUUUUGUUUAAAGAAAAAAAAGUCGAGGAAACGGGGGACUGACUCAUUUCUGCAGACAGUUCCUGAUGGUAGGUUCCUUCUAGACACCUACUAAGAACUGAGGCUCAUGAGCUGAUUGUCAUGAGCUCAUUUCCUUCGAAGGAACUACGUAAUUGGGAAGAAAUUGUGGAUGUAAUAUUUAUGUUGUUUCCUUGUCACGUUAAUGUCGAACGGGGAAUUGUCGAGGAAAUGUGAAGUGAAUGAUGUUCAUUUCUCUAUUCCUUGGAGAAUUAUAUGUAUUUGUAUGGUAUUAUUAGGAAUAGAGAGAAUUCCUAUUUCUCAGUCCUUGGACACUGCUGAAAAACCUCCGAUGUAAGAAACAAUUAUACUUCUAAUAUUCUACAUUCAUCGUUUUUUAGGUGUCAUUGGUGGACCAGUUAGAGAUGAGUAUAGAUUUUUACAAUUUCAUAUGCAUUGGGGACCAAACGAGCUCGAAGGAUCAGAACAUGUUGUAGAUGGCAGUCGAUAUCCAGCUGAGCUCCAUAUUGUUAAUUGGAAUACGACAAAAUAUAGUACACCUCAAGCAGCCGCUACAUCUGAAAAUUUUGAUGGUCUUAUGGUAUUUGGUAUAUUAAUCAGGGCUUCAUCUGAAGACAAUCCUGUUAUGGAAAAAUUAUUUCAGUUAUUGGCGAAAGUACCGCAUAAAGGUGACAAAACAAACAUUGAUUCUGUUCUUGCUAUCGAUUCUUUAUUACCAAAAGAUACUUAUUCUUACUAUACGUAUGACGGUUCAUUAACUACUCCAAUGUGCAAUGAAUCUGUCAAAUGGGUUGUAUUUAAAGAAAAAGUAUCUCUAUCCAGACGACAGCUUGAUCAACUUCGUCAUUUAAAACAUUGUUCUAAAAAUGAUGUACAUGGUCAUUCCAAUAUACAUCUAAAUUAUCGCCCAGUAAUGCCCUUAAAUGAAGAAAUAUCACUAGAAGAAUCACUUGACAAUAUGGCAUUAGCAGAGUUUGAUUUUCCACCAGCACCACCGAUUGAAGAAGAAAAUGAAUUAAAUUCUAAAUUAAACAAUUUAACAAUUACUGUUCAUGAUCCAUACGAUAAUAAUAGUAAUUUAACACAAAGAUUUCCCUCACCACCAUUACCUCCACCACCUGCUAUUAAUUCUUUAUCGAAAGGAAUAUCAACAUCAUACAAUAGUAAGACACUUGCACCAAUCAAAAUUAGACCAAAUGAAUACAACAAACGAAGUACACAUCGAAAACGGCAUCGUACAUCAUCUUCUCAUUAUAUUAACAAUCACAAAAAUAUUACAUCAAAUGGAUCUCUAUAUGUGAAUCUAAUAGCUAAUAAUAACGUAUCCAAUUUGGUUGGCAAUAUCGAUGUGGCAUAUGCAACAUUAAUGAAUGUUAGCAGCAACAAUGUAUCAAAAUCAUUUGAUAAUACACCACUACUUGGACAAAAUUCAUUUGAACAUGCAACGUAUCAGGAACUUGAACAUUGUAUUAUCAAAAAUGAAAACUUUUCCAAUACGAUGGUUGAACAAUUAAAAAAUUCAUCUAGUUCAUCUAUGAUUCCCAUUCGUUCGUCCAUUGAUCAAGGACUAAGUAUUAUUCAUUCAUCAAAAUCUCUAUAUCAGAAUAUCACUGAUGCAAAAAACGGUGAACAACCACGACACAAAAAAACAUCUAUAGUGCCCUUGUAUGAAAAUAAUAUUAAUGCGUGUUCUCGAAACUAUGCGAAUGUUGUAUUUUUAAAGCAAAGUAAUGAUGUUAGCUGUAUUUCUACAACUGGAAUACACGAACAAACACCUCGUUUGCAGAACGAAGCAAACCCAGAUGAAAUUCAUCAACCUCUAUUCAAUCAAGGAAAACGGAAGAAACCUCCUCCUCCUCCUCCUCCUCCGCCACCAUCACUACUAGAACCUAUAAUAAUAUCAACACAAUGUAAUAAAGCCUUAUACGUAAACCUGUCACCUUUUAUUGACAAUAUCGAAGCUCCAAGUAUACCAACUCGAAAACCGCGAGCACCCCGCAUUGAAACGAUGAUAAAACAAAAUUCAAAUGAAGAACGAUGUUCUAUGUCAACAAAUGAACUAUAUCCUUUGGUCAAUGUAGCUGAAAAGGGAAAGAAGGAGAGUGUAUCUGAUAAUCUUCCUCAAAAUAGUACAACUCAUACACCAAUGAGUACAUUAUCUGGUAAUAAAGACUUAAAUAGUAUGGACGACCUCGCUGAAAAUAAUUCAACACAGCAAGAGCUGUGUACAGAGCUGUUCAGACGUUUUGAAGAGCAAGUGAAAGAAACUGAUGAGAAUAUGGCUCCCAACUACGCUGAUAAAAGUGUGUUGUAUCGAACAAAAUUGAAAAACAGUCCAGUUAAUUCGCAGCGUGGUGAUAAAUCGAUGAAUACUAUUAUUAAUCCUACAGUUUGUUUAACCGAUGGUCCUUGUCGUUUACCAUUACACUCUCGUCGAAGAAAUCAAAACAUAGUUAAUCGGCGUCGUCGUAUGCAAGGCAUGAGAGGAAAUAUUUUAAAAGCCGCUGGUAAACGUCAUCCAAAAUUAUCUAUUCGAGGAGAUAAAUCAUCCAUUAGACAUAGAAAUACACUGCGAGGAACAAUUAAUCUCAGUCAUGCUCAACUGUCACAAAAUAUGACGUCUUCAAUUGGUACAUGUAGACAAUCAACAUUACAACAACGUUUAGCUCAAUCAAAACGUCGAGCACAACGAAUGUGUCAGAUGAAGAGUAAUCAGUCCCAAGAUAAUACAGAAACAUUAGAUCUGGAUGUUGAUCACACGUACAAUGAAAUUAAACAUUUUGCAAUACAAAAUUUCGAUGAUUCAAGACCAUCAUCGAAUAUGAAUAGUCGUUCAUUGGGCGUAUUAGGAAGAGCAAUGCAGUUUAAUGGUGCAUUACGUGAUCGUGUAUUUUCCUGGUAUCGUAGUAUAGGAAACGAGGAUGAACAAACUGAGAUAGACAACAAUUCAAAAGAAAAUACUAUUUCUCAGCAAACAAAUACAAAUGAAAACCAAAGUUUAUCAAUACCAUUAAUAAGAAAGUUUAAGCAAUCUCGAAGUCGAUCUACUGAGAACGGCGAUCCAACAUGCACAGAAAAUCUCGAUGAUGAAGAAAUUUAUACUCAUGAUCAUUUCAUACUUCGAAGACGACCACAUGGAUCUACAUCCACGGUGAGUGUUGAUUUACAAGAUGAAAAUGAAUCUAUUCGUCGACCAUCAACACAGUUACAACGUCAAGGUACAAAAACAAAAGAAACAUCGUCUAUCGCUCAAAAACCUAAAUCAUUUCAAUUUCAAAAUGUUCUAUCACGUAGUCAUCAACUUCUGUCUAAUCAACGAUCAAAUAUUGCCUUAAGUAAAAUAUCUUCAUUAUCGAGUAAAUCAUAUGGAAAUAUUCGUCAUCGGAAACAGGCACGUUCAUCUCACUUACAACUGACAUUAGACAAAAAAGAUGUUGAUUUUAUUCAUGGUAUAUUGAACAAAACAAAAGAGCAUAAUCAAGCUUGGAAUCGUGUUCGAGCAUUGAAAGAAGCUUAUAUUAGAGCAAGUACAAAAACAAAAACAUUGUCAAAAAAGCAAAAAUCUAAAUUAGUUCAAAAUUCAGUAACCACAAAAGUGAAAUGCGAAUUAGAAAAAUAUGAUGAAUUACCCAGUGCACACAAUAAUGCAAAUAACAGUUGUUAUAACUCAGAAGAUAAUAUUGACAAUUAUGAAUUUGAUGAAGAAGAAGAAGAGGAGACCAGAUGGAUAAAAUCACACCGAGGAUCAAUGCCUGUAAUAUCGUCCACAGUUAAUAAUAUAAAACCCAAAUUAAUAAAUUUUGUAUCAUUUUUGAAGCGAAAAGCAGAAAUUAAUAUCAAAAAUUUACAAAAGAAUUUCACAGAAAUAAAACAUAGAAUGCAUCAAGAACAUCGUCAUCGAUUAGAAUUACAGCUACAAAAAGGAUAUCGGUCACAAGAUAUAAUUUAUCCAUCAGGACAUUAUCCACUUGAACGAAUAGCUACUCUCGGCGGAGGAGAAACGGAAGAAACAAACUGUGAAGAUAAUGUAUCAGUUAAAGAUAAGCAUUUAUCGUCGCGUGUGCGGAAUCAUAGAAUAAAACAAGAUCAUCUUCGGAUGAAUACGAAACAUGACUCAACUGCAAUCAUACGCAAGUCAUCUAAUAUUUCAAAUCAGCGACCUAUGACCUCAAUGAAAAAUGUGUCAGGAUCUCCUAGACAUUGUGUUAAACGAACAAACUCUCAUCACAUCAGUUCAAGAAUGAUUGAUCAACAAGUUCGCUCAGCAGCUAAUAAUGAUUUAGAUCCAUCUGAUUCAAGUGUUGUUCAUGCACCAGUUGCUACUCAUUUAAAAAGACAUACCAGUUCAAUAGCUGUUCAAAAUCGGCCAACAAAAAAUCAUGUAAUCGUUCGACGUUCAUCAGUGAGACAAUCGUCGAGAGAACAUAAACCAACAUCGAGCACUACAACGACGGUACAAACUAAAGCUGACAAUGAUCACAAGUAUCGACUAAUGAAUCAUGACACUAGUAAUAACAGCGGUAAUACUCGUCGAAAGCGUCAUUCGACAAAACUAACUGAUAUGCAGACAAGUUGA